UCGUUUCUCACAUAUACUCAGAUACUCUUCUUGCUCUGAAGUUGAAUUUCGAAGUUGAAUCUUGACUCGCUGAGUUAACUCACCAUGGCAGCCGCUGUAGAGAAGGCCAAAAAAGCCUCUGGCCCAAGCAAGCCCAAAUCCCCGCCUUCCCACCCUCCUUUCCUCGAGAUGAUUACGGACGCGAUUGUGAUUCUGAAGGAGAAGACGGGUUCGAGUCAGUACGCGAUCACGAAGGUCAUUGAGGGAAAGCACAAGGAGUUGCCGUCGAGCUUUCGGAAGCUCUUGCUUUUCCACUUGAAGAAGCUUACGGCUUCUGGUAAGCUCGUCAAGGUCAAGAACUCGUUCAAGCUGCCUUCGACUCGCACUGCUCCGAUCAAGACGGCUACCACCAAGCCCAAGCCGAAGAAGCCGGAAGUUGCAGCGAAGGCGAAGACCCAUGUCGCCAAGCCAAAGCCGAAAGCUGCGGCGAAACCUAAGACGAAGGCUGUUUCUGCGAAGCCUCUGCCGAAGGUGGCAGCCAAGCCGAAAGCGGCUGCAAAGCCCAAGGCGAAGGCGAAGGCGUCGGCCGCAGUGAAGGCGAAGCCGGCUAAGGUGGCGAGGACGUCCACGAGGACGACGCCGGGGAAGAAAGCGGCUCCGGCGAGAAAGCCGGUGGCCAAGCCGAAGAGCUUGAAGUCUCCGGCGAAGAAAGCUGCGAAGCCGAAGAGCGUAAAGUCGCCGGCGAAGAAAAAGGCUCCGGCAAGGAAGGCGAAGAAGUAGAAGAGUGUUUUUUAGGGUAAUGGCAGUCGUGUAAAUUUGUCAGUGUAGUAAGGGUAGUUUAAUUUCAGGAAAAGAAAAUGAUAGGUUUUAAUACGCAGGUAAUUUUUUUUUUUUUUUUGGGCUUUUUUUUUUGAAGGUUUUUUAUUUUAAUAUAACUUUUGGAGUUUUGGUUGUAGAAUGCUUGUAAUUGAUUUAGAAGUCUUCUUUUGUUGAGCA